AUGUGUGGGAUCUUGUUUGCCAUCCAGGAUGCUGCAUCUUCGGAUAGGGCAUGUAAUGGGACUGACAGCACGUUCCAGGGAUUGUUUAGGCGACUACAAGAUGCAAAUACAUCUAGAGGCCCAGACGCGCAGGAGACGAUGCGUAUAACAGUAGAAAAUCAUACCUUGAGUUUCUUCGCGUCUGAAUUGCGACUACGAGGUGACGCAUAUAUUGCGCAACCUCACCGAGAUGAUGAUGGAAAUAUACUCUGUUGGAAUGGCGAGGUUGGGUCCGAAGAGAAUGACGGCUCAAAGUUAUUCUCUCUUCUCCGCACGCAGGACACGCAAGAUGGGAUCCGAGAUUGCCUGGGCAGCAUCGAAGGGCCUCCACAGAAUCCAUACUUGUUGCUGACAUCCGUCUCAGUCGGCUCGCAUCCUGGAUACGAACUCGACGAGCUUCCCACUGAAUGUGUAUUUUCGAUCGAUAUCGACAAACUGUCGGAGGCAUGUAGAGUCAUCAACGCUCCUCAAUAUUUUUCUAGAGAACUUCCGGCCUGGCUUCUGGCGUUACGGAGUGCACGACUGAGCGCUGUCAAUCGCACAAUGCCGGUCGACCCUUCGCUCCCGAAGGGUCUUGAUGAUAUUCCAGAGCAUCGCAUGGCUGCUGUGGAUGAGCUCAUUACGCAACUGGAUCACAGCGUAAUGCUAAGGGUACUGCAUCUCCUGGUCAAGCCAGAGUGGCGGUGCUUUUUAGUGGAGGUAUUGACUCUACUAUGCUGGCUUUCCUGGCGGACCGGCAACCAUGCAGACAAAUCAGAGCCGAUUGACUUGCUCAAUGUAGCUUUUGAGAACCCACGAAAAAUAUCGGUGCAAGUCACCGGUAAUAUCGGAGGCCUACCAAAGAGGGAGAAGAAGCAGAAGUUACGGGAGCCAUUGGACUACUCGACGGUUGAUGUCGCCUACGAUGUCCCUGACAGGCUCACUGGCCUGCAAGAAGUCGAAGAGCUAAGAAGGCUUUGCCCAGGUCGAGUGUGGAAUUUCGUUGAGGUAAACGUGCCGUUUGAGAAGUCACAAGGGGCGCGUCCGAUCGUGGAAGCCCUCAUGUUCCCUAGCAGGACCGUCAUGGAUAUGAGUUUAGCAAUAGCACUCUACUUCGCCGCACGUGGUGUAGGCCAAGUCCGAAGCGGUCCUGGCGCAGAUCCACACCCGUACACCUCUCGGGCUCGUGUAUUGCUAAACGGUCUAGGCUCUGACGAGCUCCUCGGGGGGUAUGGGCGCUUCCGUACGGCAUUCAAAAAUGGCGGUUGGCAAGCAAUUAUAGACGAACUUCAACUGGAGCUCGACCGCAUCCCCACGCGCAACCUCGGCCGUGACGAUCGUGUCAUCUCUUCUCACGGGAAGGAAACUCGCCAUCCAUUCCUAUCACUCUCGGUCGUGUCUUUCCUUGCGGGGUUGCCUGUGCACCAGAAGCUGGAUCCACGGCUGGAAUCCGGGCUGGGUGAGAAAAUGCUCCUGCGGCUUGCGGCAGUGAAGUUAGGCCUUGUAGAAGCGGGUUUCAGGAAGAAACGGGCGAUGCAGUUCGGCAGCCAUUCGGCGAGAAUGGCAUCGGGAGACGGUGAUAGAAAGGGCGAUUUACUCAUAAAGUGA